CACGAAGGUGUUGUUGUCGGCCAUUUUAGAAGUUUAGUGUCAUCAACACAACCUUAUUUUCAUAGGAUUUUUGCACGAUCACCUGGAGAAAUAUGUCUGAUCGGAAAGCUGAGUUAGAGAAAAAGCGAAGGCGCUUAGAAGAAAUCAAACGAGCCCGAGAAGAAAAGAAAAAGGUGAGAGUUCGCCAAGAACCAGUGCUGUUCAGACUUAGUGAUUUCAACUUGCUGUAUGUACAAAGCUGAUUGGUUAAAUAGAUCUUAACUGUUCUUGUUUUGGUGCAAAUAUAAAAUGUGCAUCAAGGAGAUUGCAUCAGCUAGAAGGUAUACGUAAGAUUUGUAAACACGAGUACUUGUAUGUACGUAAAUUUUUAAAAAUUGAUCGAUAAAUCACAGACUGUUGAAUGAAUAUGACCGAUUUGCACUUAAUACUUGGUGGAGUGAUUGAAUAUCGUUCUCAAAAAGAAAGUAUAUUUGUGUUUAUUUCGCCUAUCCCGCAACAAGAAACACUUGUUGUUAAAUGCAGAUGGGUACUUGUAGCUGGAUGUACAUGUACAGUGGCAAGAAUCUUAAGUGCUUAGUCGGGGUGCUGAGAAUAACAUAAGAACCUCAAAUGUUUUUUUUUUGGCUGUCCACUUGCUGAAAUUGUCGUAUUGAAAGAUUCUCCAACAUUUUUAAUCCAGGAAAGUAGUCCUGUGUUGCUUUGAUCUUACUUAAUCACACUCAAUGAUGGGUUGAAAGAGAGAUAAAAAGAAAAAAAUACUUAGCCAAAAAUUAAGACAGAGGACUCAAAUAAAUUUAAAAUGGUCAAUUUCUCUAGAACCUGAGAUCUUAUUUGCUCAUGGUGAUUUUUGCUGUUUUUUUUUCUGGUUGGUCUUUAUGAUCACUGUGGUUUUGGUCAUAUGAAACUUGUUCAUGGAAGAUGGUACAAAAAUUGUGUUAUAUUUAAACUCUUUUGUCUCAUCAAAACUUUUUUUUAUGUUGACAUGCUAAUUAUCAUUGCAUUCACAAUUACUCUUUUCAUCAUAUUGAUAUUGUUAUCCUGUCUCAGUGGUUUUGCUAGUGGUAGGGACUGAAAUCUGUCAUUUCUCCAAUUAUCUCUGGAUAGGUUGCUUUUUCUUAUGCUAGCAGUAUGUGGGGCAUUUCUCGCAUAUGAGUGUAGUUAUUAGAUAGCUCUCUGUUUCAAUUAUGGACUGGAGCAUCCAAUUUAAAAUCAUAUCUGGCUGUAGGGUUUGAUUCUGUUUGGGAUAAUCCAGGGGUUAAAUAGGUUUUUCCAUAAGUGGUUGACUGGUAGUGUUAUAGGCUGCUGUACCAGAAAAGGGGCUGUUAGACAAAACCCAAACACAUGCAGGCUAAAUAGAGGUCGUAAGAGGUCUUACAAGUGCAGAAGACUGUCCAUAACCUGCUUUUACGGAAACCCCUAGGUAAUCAGAUUUCUUCUACUUCAUGCCAAAGUUGUUGUACCUCUUUGUUUAUUUGUUUUAAUUUCCAAUUUUUAUAACUUGCAGCAAGAGCAAGAGCAAAGCAAGACAGCGGCUGCACCAAAGGGUGGUGCCAGUGCUACUUCUGCAUCAGCAGAAUCCAAAGAGACUGAUAUUGAGAGGAAAAAGAGGGAAGCUGAUGAGCUGCUCAAGGGAAUUAUUCCUGAUGAUGUAAUUGAUGGCACUGCAGGUCUGCAUUGUUUCUUUUCUAAAAUCUUUUCUUUUGUUUAUCUUUUCAAUAACAUGAAUACAUUCAUGUUCAAAAGCCAUCAACCAAGUUAUGAAUUUGUUUCAAAUUCUGUUCAUCAUCUUGCAGACUAUUUAAAAGAGCACAAGUAUCAUACUAGCCAGCUGAUUGUGCAUCAUACAGUCUGUUCUGGUUUGAAUCAAUAGCAAUACCUGAAUGAGAUAUGAUCUCCUGAAAAAGUGAAAUAACUAAGAUGUGCAUUCCUUUAUUCUGAACCUGUGUGGAGGAAGUCCACAUUACAGGUCUGCAGUCAGCAUGAGAGUUAAUGUUAUGGUCAUCAACCCUUAAACUCCCAAGAUCUCAUUGGUAAAUCUCCUUACUGUCUGCCAAAUGAUUCUCAUGAUGUUAGUUGGGAGAAUUUGGUGUGGGAUCAAUUAGUAAUCCAAUAAUUGAUAUUUUUCUUUUCUCAUCACCUGUCUGCAUGAUAUUGUAUUGAUAUGGUAAGGAGAAAUUCUGUCUUGGUCACUCACGGGAGUUAAAGGGUUAAGUGCUUUGACCAGUGUAACAGUAGCUCUGUGUCAGAAUUUCCACUGUUAGAAAGUUCUCAAGGUGAAGGGAACAAAGAGUAAUUUACAUCUAAAGAGAGAAUCAGUUUUGUAGGGACUUCACUAAAGUAGGAGUUUGCUAUCUCAAAAUGAACAGUUUAAAUCAGAAACCUUAAGUGUGUGAGGAGUAAUGCAAAUGUAGUUUCAAGGUGAGAGCAUAAGAUUCACUUUGUUUUUGUGACUCACAUGCUCAAUGUGUGAGACUUGUAAGCUCUGUAUGACAACUAUAGUGUAUGACGUUCACUCUUGUCUAGUAGCCUUUCUGUCCCCAUACUGUACAUGGAUGCUUUAAGCAUCAAUAUCACAUAUGAGUUAUGUCUUUCAUUAGUGUCUCCCCUAAUACCAAGAUCUACCAAAAGUGAAGGAGCCAGCCCAGGUAAAGAUGUGACAUCAAGGCCUUUGGCACACCAGUAAGUAAAACAUGCUGCCUCCAAUAAUAUAAAUUACUGUUUAUUCUUUUCUUUUCUUUUUUUUUUUCUUUUUUUUACUUCUUUUGAAUUGCCUAUAGUUAAGGCAAAGGAAGAAGUUUAUUUCAGUCUCUUUAUAAAAUCAGACAUGGUGUUUGUAAUAUUAUUUAACCUUGUGUAUGAUAUCGUGUUGGUUUUUCCAUUUUAGGUUAUUUCCUCUGUUCUUGUGUGCACUGAUUAAUUAGCAAGCAUGAGAAGAGUAACUUGUAUAUUUUAAGGUCACAUACAAAAGCUGUUUGUAGUUUAUCAGAGGAAACCUGAAAAGAGCAUACAUGUACCAUCAUUAUACACAUGUAUUAUCUUUUCUCUCCUAGGGGAUUUUUCUUGGGGUUCUUCAGUUCUUGUCCCUCCACCAAAACCACAAUUUGAAAUUCCAAACAGGCCUGAGUGGAAAAUACUUCAUACUAUCACCAUACAAGUGUAUUCUCUUUUCUGUCUUGGGGAUUUUUUCUUGGGGUUCUUUAGUUCUUGUCUCUCCACCAAAACCAUAAUUUGAAAUUCCAAACAGGCCUAAGUAAAAUUUACUUUAUACCAUCAUAGUACUGGUGUAUUCUUUUUUCUGUCUUGAGGAUUUUUCUUGGGGUUCUUCUGUUAUUGUCCUUCCACCAAAACCACAAUUUGAAAUUCCAAACAGGCCUGAGUGGAAAAUAUUGUAUGCCAUCAUUACACAUGUGCAUACUUUUUUUUUUUGUUCAGCGUUUUUGUCUUAGGGAUUUUUCUCUGUGUUCUCCAGUUUUCGAUCUGCCCCCAAAACCAUUAUUUGAAAUUCUGAGGAGACCUAGGUGCAUGCAUCUUGUCAAAAGAUGUGUUUUUGGCUCCUUGAAAUUGUAUGGACUAAUAAAUUGCCUUUUACCUGGCUUGUUGCUUAGUGGUGACAGCUGGCAAAGUUUGCCAGAUUAAAAGGUGGCAGUUGGGGGCUGAAUUUUUGAUGUUACACACUCACAAUUGUUUGAUAGCAAAUUCUUUCAUCUAAUUGAAAAUAUUUAUAUGUAUACCUUACUAACCUGAGUAUAAGGGACAUUAUAAUAAAACACUGUAUGAGCACUUUUUUAUGUGACUUCUUUUCAUUUCUUGCAUCACUGUUUUGUAAACAGGAAGCCUAGCAAUACUGCUAUCCUUGUGCUGCCUCACUUUAAAAUUUCAGCCAGUAGUUUAUUUCUUAGCUACAACCCUUUUUACUAUAGCUAAUUUUCCAUAUUCCACCAGCCAACUCAAUUUAUCAUUUAUCAAAUGGUCACUUACUUUCCCUUUAGAGAGAAGAAAAGGCUAGUGAAGUUGGGUGUAUCACAGCUUACUCAGACAAAUAUUCCACCCAAGGUCAGUACCAUCACUGUUUCAGUACAUUUCUUUCAGCCACUAUGCAUAUCACCUUGUAAAAUGUACCUUCAGUAGUGUUACAACCAUGCUGAUAAGCUACCAGUAAUUCAAAACAAGUUUCAGGUAGUGGUGACUUUAUAUACUUACCAGGACUAGGUUGUUCAAAGCUGGGAUAACAAAGGGUUUGUGUGAAAUCUAAUUUCAAAUCUGAAAUCUUUAAAAGAAAAUUCAGUUGAACUCUUUUUGUCCACAAAGGUCUGGAUUAAAAUUAAAAUCAAACCCUGUGCUAGCACUAAUCUGCCAUCAAACAAUUGGGUCUUGGCUCAUGUUGUUUAAGGCUGGGUUCAGAAUUAAUCCAGGGUUUGAGUGAAAUCUGAUUUAAGAUCUGAAAACUUAUAAAUAAAAUCCAGCUCUUCAAUCUUUUUGUCCACCAUUUUUAUUUUGUUCUCCAUUUUUUUUUUGUUCUUAAAAGAAAAGCAAAAAUUAUUCCAAAAAGGCUUUUGAACAAAGGUAUGAAGAAACCUGGAUUAAAUUGUAACCCUUGGUUGGAGCUAAUCCACAAUCAAACAAUUAGGCCCUGGGCCAGGUUGGGUCAAGAUAACCCAGGGUUGGUGUAAAAUUUGAUUUCAGAUCUGAAUACUUGAAAGAAAAUUCAGUAUACUUUUUUUGGUUACAAUUUGGUGUUUGGAUGCUUUGAAGAGAAGAGAUAAAAUUUACCCAAACAGGUUUUUGAACAGAGGAGUGAAGAAACCAGGAUGAAAAUUUAAACUGGGGCUCAGAAGUUUAGUUUAAUAUAUCCUUUACACCCUAAAAUCAGUAUGCAUAUUGUCCAUUCUGAAUUUUUCUGAAUUCUGUACAUUUCCAUGGGUUCCGACAAGAAAGGCAACAAUUUUGGUGUAAAUUUUAUGUCUUGGGCAUAGUACAUGAAUGCUGAAGAGAAAUCUUACACACAGUGUGCAAAGAUAAAAAAUGCUGUGCCUUUUACAUCUUGACACUGAAAAAUCAUUCUGUACAUUUUCAUCAGGAACCAGUUUUGUAUAACAAAGAAACACAAACUCAAAAUGCAGAGCCAGAAGAACCACCUGGUGAGUUAAAGAUUUUAAGAGUGUAACUUAGGGUAGCAGUAAUUACAAGGUAGGGUGACAGAAGUAAUUGCCUAUACCACUGACCACUGAAGAAAUUUUGAAAAACACCUAAAGUAUAUACAUACAACUGUUUAUUAUUAAAGAUUCCAAGUACUGGGUAUAACACACUGGGUAAACUGCAAACUUGUGCAACAACAAGAAGACACUUUGUCUGUCAGGCCAACCUAACAUUUUCUGCAAUCUUUAACCCUUUAACUCCCAAGAUCUCUUUAGUAAUUCUCCUUACUGUCUGCCAUAUAGUUAUUUUGAUGUUAGUUUGGAGAAUUUGGUAUUGGAUCAACUAAUAAUCCCCUAGUUAAUAUUUUUCUCUAUUCUUGUCACUUGUCUGCUUGAUAUUCUAUUGAUAUUUUAAGAGGAAAUUCUGUCUUGGUCACUCAUGGGAAUCAAAGGGUUAAUUGCCUAUAAGCUUUUGAUGUCCAGGAACCUCUGAAGGAGACAGUUCCUAGACCAGUUAAAGUGUACCUCUACCAUGGCUGACAUUCCCUUUAACUCAUCCAUGAGCCCACAAUCCUACCUGGAAAAGGCAGGGUGGAAUUAAGCAUCAUACCAUGUACUACAAGAUGGUUAAUGUGGCAAAAACUCCAUCCAGAUCAUGGGUGGAAUAUGUGCCAGAAAAAUUCAGAACCAUCAGCCACUGACUACUUCAAUCCUCUAUGUUGUUAACUUGAAUAGUUAACAUGAGCUGAGUAGCAAGUUCUUUAAAAUUAUUUAUUGUUUAUUUGAUAAUUUUUUUUAGACGAAUUUGAGACUCCAGCUGCACCAAAGCCAAAGGAGACUGAAGCACAACCUGAACCUGAAGAUGGAGGAGAAGAUGGAAGAGAAGAAGGUUAUUAAAGUAUUUAUUUUGUUCAUAAGAUACGACAUUCAAUCCAUCUGAUCCAGGUUCAAAGGAUGGAUAAUGCUAUUCUUUGCACAGAUUUGUCUUUUAGAUAGUGCAGUACUUUUUAUUAAUACUAAUCCAUUGGUUCGUGUUAUCCACCCUUUGAAUUAGUGGUCCUAUAGUUUUUACAAAUACAAGAAGCUACUGCACUUUUAUCCUUUUAGUCCAUCAUUCUUUAAAUCAAGCCCUUUGUAAAAAGUCCUUGGAAUUUUUCAGUCUUUCAGUUGUUCGUUUUUGAACCAGAUAGAACCUUCUUGUUAUUAAAUGAGAGAACAUCACUUUUUUUCUUUGAUUCUUAUUCAUUUCCUCCCCCUGCAGUGCCUGUCAUAGAGCUGAAAAACUCCUUGAAAAGUAGUUCCCUCUUUCAGUUUGUUGGCUAUUUAAAGGUUUUCAUUUUUUUUAACCAGAUUGAACCUUCAUGUAAUUCAAUGAGGGGAGGAAACUUCACCUUUUUUUCUAUGAUUCUUAUUCAUUUACUCCCCCUACAGUGCCUGUCAUAGAGCUCAGUGAUGAACAAAAGGAACAGAUAUUGAAUUCUGGAGAAUUCAGCAAGUUCUUUGAUAAAGCGACAAGAAUGAUGGAAAGAGCCUUGUGUGAAACAGUUGAUAUCACAUUUGAUUACUCUGGAGCUGAGACAGAGGACACUGAAGGGUAGGGUUUUUUUUUUCUGGUAACCUGUUUAUCCCUAAGAGCGACAAAUUUGUAAUUUCACACAACAGUAUCACCCCUGAGUCAAAUAUCAAGGUUAUGAGAAUAAAGGAAAUGAUUAUGAACUCAAAAAGCUCUUAGUUGUUGAAAAAAUUCUUCUUGUUAGAACCAUAGGAAAUAUUUAGAGAACAGUGUGGGGAACAUUGUUGGGUCUCUUGCUCUCUCUCUCCUCCAUAGAACCAUAGCUGUGAACAAGCCUUAUCCACAUGGAGAAGUGACAUGCUUAUAACUUAACUCCCAGGAUCCAAUUACCUAUCAUCCUGACUGACUGUCAAGGGUUCCUCCUUAAAUUGUAAAGAAGGUUCCAUUUUAAAUCGAGAUAAAACUCUCUGGCUGACAGGCUUCUCUAUUCUCCUAACCCGUUUGCGAGAUUUUGUACUAGAUUUGCGAUGAGAAGUUACAAUUUAAUCUCUUCUUGGAGUUAAAGGUUUAAAGCUUAAAAAACCAGGUUAAGCUCUUGAAAUGUUGGGCUAUUUGGCCUGUAAGAGUCUUCUCUUUAUUUACCAUGUACACUGCUUUUUUGAGUGCUUAUCAUUGCAUCGGUGUAUGUUUAUGAAGUUAAUCCUCAGCAUUUUUUUUUCUUUUGUCACAGAGACACACAGGCCUCUGGUAAACUCUCAUUCAACCGAGAGUUCUUUGAUGAGAGGUGGUCAAGGCAUAGGACAGUGACUUGCCUGGACUGGUCAACACAGGUACUGGAGGAUGAUAAUUUGUUGUUGUUGUUGUGUUCAGUAGACUUCAUUUAAAAUUGUUUAAUUUUGUGGAAGAAGAAAAAUGUAUUGUAGAAGUUGUGGCACCAGAACAACUCCAGAAAUGCAAGAUUUUACACCCUAAAAUCAGUAUGCACAUUCUCCAAACUGUUUUCUAAACGUUUCCUAAGAUACCGACAUGGAGAAUUUAUCUGACAGUCAAGAGCUUCUUCAGUCGUUGAUCAGUUCUUUUAUUCUCCUGACCUUAAUGUUUGAUUCAGGGGUGAUAUGGUUAGGAGAAAUUAGAUGUCGGUCACUCUUAGAGGUUAAAGGGCUAACCCUAGACCGCAAGUAGGCCGCCAGUAUUAGCGCUUCAGGUUACGUGUUUCUCUGCCGGCGGAAAGAUUUGUGUAUUAGUGCCAGACCCCUUGCAGACCUCCGCCUGCUCGCGUCGCUCAAGGCUCAUACUUUCCCACAAAACGCUCAAGCUGAAGUUUUUACAGUAAUCCCCUACCUAGAGGGAGUGAGUAUGGAUAAGCUUACAAAAUUAUUUGCUCUCGGACAUGUAUGUGACGUGCAAUCAUUUUAAUCUAACAGCAAAGUAAAAAAUGGCGUAAAUUGGUCACCCAAAGAGUUUCAAAGCUGACGUUUCGAGCGUAAGCCUUUCGUCCUUCGCUUUGUCGAAGGGCUAACGCUCGAAACGUCAGUUUUGAAACUAUUUAUAGUGGCCAAUUUUCAUUGUUUACUCAGUUGAUAAUACCAAAUUACCUUGUUGUACUCUCCCACCAACGCAGCACCACAGUUUCUUCAGAAACUUGCCCCCUUUAUUUAAAGUGAAAAAUACAUUUACAUGUACUUUGCAUGUUGAGAGCAAUGCAUACAGACGUAACUUAUACAGUGCUUUGUGAGAAACAUGAUGGCAUGACUUUCAGUUACGCCUUGUAAGUAACAUAAAUAUGUGUCUGAUGCAUUCUUAGUACCCAGAGCUGUUGGUAGCAUCGUACAACAACAAUGAAGAUGCCCCACAUGAGCCUGAUGGUGUAGCGCUCAUAUGGAACAUCAAAUAUCAGAAAGAAUCUCCGGAAUAUGUAUUUCACUGUCAGGUGAGAGAGUUAGUUACUUACCGGUAUGCAUUUAAUAGUUUUUGCUAAGAGUAGGGACUGUAUUUUUUAAAAAAGCUUUAAGGUGUGCAGUAGCCUCAAUGCUAUAGCGGUGCAAAGACAGCCUAAGUUUAAUCAACGUGAAUAGUCCAUUUUACAGUUUCGUGCUUGGUUGCCAAGCCUCUAAACGGGAGUGAGGCUAAGGGUGACCUUAGCUUGUUAUGAUACAAACGUUGCUGCUUUUCAAAUGCAAAUGACUUUGUCAUCAUGCUAACUUGAUACUGGUCUCCAUCACAACAAGGUCACCUUCAGCCUCACUCCAAGUCAAAGGCUUGGCAACUAAGUACACUACUGUAAAGGGCAUCACAAGGAAUAUCUAUCAUGCUGAAUAUAGGUGCAUGUAUUAUACGUAUCAGCUGAAAUUGAAGCCCCCUUUGCCAAAACACGAAGUCUAGUUUUGAUAAGUCGUGCUUUGAUAUCCCCUCUUGUUAUACUUGCGACUUGGAUAUGUAUUUUUUAAAUGGUACGCUUUCUUGUCCAUCAUGCAAAAAUAUCGCACAUAUAUCAGGCGAGAUUAGAUAUAUUAGAUAUGUUAGAUAUAGCCUUAGUACUUUAAUCCCACAGCUACCCUGUGUCUUUCAGCCAUUUUUAAGACCAUCGCGUUGAAUUACAGAUCUGAUAAUUCCUUUCCAUUUCAGUCUGGUGUGACGUCAGUUACCUUUGCCAAGUUUCAUCCCAAUUUAAUCGUUGGUGGGACAUAUUCAGGCCAAAUUGUAUUGUGGGACAACAGAAGCAGUAAAAAGACCCCAGUACAGAGAACACCUCUCUCUGCCACUGCACACACAGUAAGUGAAUUCUAUGUUAAUUUUGUUUUCCUUCUUUGGUGUUUGGAUGUCAGGGCUAAGUAAAUGUCUGUAAAAAGUUAUCUUUAUUUUUCUGAGCAAGACCUCUAAGUGAUAGCUGAAUAAACCGUAACGAUUCGAUUUAGCGCCCUCGUUCCUCUCUCUAAUGAGCGCCCCCUCCAAUUUGAUUUUGUUAAUAAGCGCCUAUUCUAUUUUUGUGAUAGCACUCUUAAAGUACUGCACAUUGAGAUCAAACGUGGUUUAUUGGUUUCUUAAAGCCUUAUUUUAAAAGCGGUUGCCUUUGUCUUAGUUUCUCCACUAUCACGUCCAUGUGAGUGUACAGUUAUUUCUAACGACUGAUCUCGUCUUCAAAUCUUUCGGCGAUUGCUUGGCUGGGUGUUCGAGCCAGGAAGGAUUCAGGGAUAACAAGUCCCGUUUUCCAGUCUUCUUGAUCCUCUUCGCACAUUCUGCUGUUUCUCAAAAAAAGGAAUUAACGCCCUAUCCUUAAUAAAACGCAAAUAAGCGACCAGGCACUAAAUCGAAUCAUUACGGUGUGCAAAUGAAUUUUCAAUUUGUAGAUUUGAUCAUACAUGUAUUUUAUUCCCUUUUGUUUUUGGUACUGGUAUGUGUAAGAAUGAGUUUCAAACUUAAAGGAUGAACAGUGUAUCUGUUGAAAACGGAUGAAAUUGAAACGCAGCAUCUUCAUGAACAUUUUAUCUGACUGUAAAGAGAAACAAAACAAGAAAACUACUGUUUUAUUACUGCUGUUUUUGUUUGUUUUUUUCAUAACGAUUGUGUAAUUAGAUGAUUUCUUUUCUCUGUGUAGCAUCCGGUUUAUUGUGUGAAUGUGGUUGGAACUCAAAAUGCUCACAAUUUGAUCAGUGUGUCCACUGAUGGAAAGAUGUGUUCUUGGAGUCUUGACAUGUUGUCACAGCCCCAGGUGAGUCAGCGGUUAUGUUAACAACUUACUUCAGCUUGUCAUAUCACGACAAAACUAGACUCUCAACUGACUAGGGUCUCUUUCGUGAGUGACGAAUGGUCACUCUUACUUAUGUUGUGGUCAACUGUUGUCAGCGGCAACUGUCCGUCUCAGGACAAUUGCCGCAUAGUAAAACUGCACACAACCUGAUGUUUGCUCUUUUGGGGAGGCUCUUUUAUGGUUUGACCAACUUGAAAAAUUUAGUUGGUAAUUGCUUUUCAAAGUCCCCAUUCGUAAUCCGUGUUGGGGCGCUUUUCGAUCGAGAGUCGUAAAACCAAAGCAACAAAUCACAAGGACUAAUGAAAUGAAAAGAAAUUUCUUGACCAUUGUGAACUCAAAGUGACAACAAGCAUACUGCUUCAUGCAUGGGGAAACGCAGGUUACCAUGUCGCGAUUGGCAGUAGUUUUAAAUCUGUUUGGUUGAGAAAGUAGCGCUGGUUUUGUGGUUACAUUCUGUUCUCUUUUUGGUUUACUUUUUUCCUUCUCGCUGUUUUUCUUCCUCAGCGAAUGAUAAUUUCAAUCUUUUAUUUCAUUUUUGACCUUAAAAUACCCCAAAUGUUAUGCUAUAGCUCCAUUUAGCACUUGCCGUAAAUGUUCUUCCUUGCCAUCUCUGUUUAUUUCAGGACAGCAUGGAGCUUCAAUUUAAACAGUCCAAGGCCGUGGCUGUGACGUGUUUAUCGUUUUUGGCCGGUGAUGUCAACAAUUUUGUGGUUGGGAGCGAGGAGGGCUCGGUUUACACAGCCUGUCGACAUGGAAGGUAAGCUUAACUUGCGCAUAUUUGAGAUUGUCUUGAACGCUGUACACCUUGUUUUACAAAUGCAGGACAUGCAGGAGAACGCUGGUGCGUAAUCAUCAAAACGAGAACUUUCUAAUGAACGAAAAUAUAUAUUUUUAAACACUUCUUGACGCAGUAGAACGUAUGAAGCGGUGACAGUGAUAAGAAAAGUCAGACCUUACAAGGCAGAGGCACUGUGACAAAAGCACCAAGAGACCGUUAUAUACUUUGUAAAAUGUUUCUAAGAGUCGGCAAUGCUGAAAGAUUAGAUGUAUAAGAUGUGUUUAGCUUACUUUAGUGAUAAUUGCUCUGUGGUUUUUCAAUAUUAAGGGUGUUGGGGCUUUCUAUGAUCUUUCUAAAGCUUGAAGUGCGUGGCUGCUUUGAGCGGCGACACCGUGAGAGAUACGGAACAGAAAACUGUGAUAAGUUUCGCCACUGGAAGCUACGUUGUUCAUUUUCAUGCUCCCGCCGCCUUUGUUUCCAUAGAGCGCCCCCACCCACCCCCUCCCCCCUGAAAAAAACGCCAGCCAUCAGGCUAAGGGGAAAAAUAAAUGAAUUUUAAGCUUUAUCUGGAUCAACGUAACGUAUUAGCUCAUUUUUCUACAACUGCGCAUUAUGUUUCUCAAAGAGCAUUCGUAUGAUUCAACUGUUUCGGAAUUGUGCCAAACUCAAAAUGGAUGAAAUCCUUGUUUACUUAUAUUUUACAGUAAAGCGGGAAUCAGUGAUAUAUUUGAAGGUCAUUAUGGACCAGCGACAGGCAUUGAUACUCACUCGGCAGCAGGACCUAUUGACUUCUCUUACCUGUUUUUGACAUCUUCAUUUGAUUGGACCAUCAAACUGUGGAGUCACAAGGUAAGGUUUUUAAACAGAAAUUUUCGAACGAUUCUCUUACAUCUGCCUUUCUAUUUUCCUAAGUCAUUGAAUGCUCGCCAGGAAUCACGGAGUUCUAAUCCUUGUACCGGGCAAGAUGGCGUUGUACAAAAGGAAAAAGGCAUUGCUAACAUUACAAGGAUAAAAAAGAUAACUGGCACGGGUUCGAAUCCAUUCUUGUAGUGGCGCUGCUUCACGAAAUCCUCUCACGCUCCUCGCCGAGCCCGUGGAAUGUCUGUGUACUCCUUCCGACAGCGAGUGAAGCAGGCUGGCUCGUCUCUCUGCGACUUUGUAUAGUGUUUGUCCUACGUAGUGAUUGUCCAACAGCGCCAUUGAGAGCCUGCGCAUCGGCUAAAUCCUCAAGGGGUAUUUCGCUUCCCCUUCCCUCAACAAAAAGUUUUAAACAUCUUUAUUGACAGUGUUAUAUUUAUUGGCAGAACCCACGUCCGCUGUACUCUUUUGAAGACAAUGGCGAUUAUUUGUAUGACGUACAGUGGUCCCCAAUCCAUCCUGCUUUGUUUGCUGCCGUGGACGGAACAGGAAGACUGGACCUGUGGAAUCUUAACAACGACACAGAGGUAAAGUGGUUAUGAACUUCCAUUCUGUUUCAACGAUUAGAUUAUGUACUCGAUGUAGUUGAUGAGGGCGAAGGCCGAAGCUAUUUUCAUGUAUAGAAAUCGAGCGUGAAAAAUGUAACUCAUUCAGCAUAAAGCUAAAAAGCUACAUGAACCAGUCGUUUCAAACUGAAAAGCAAGAUAAACUUGUGAUCUUUACUGAAUAAUGGUACAAAGCGGUCACGUCAUGUGCUGAUAACUGUCAAGCGCACUUCACUCACCAUCUAUCACAGAAUAGAUAGCGAGUAGCGUAGACAAUCAUAAAGCAGCAAUUGUUGUAAAUCGCAAGUAGAACUAUACUAAAGAAGACAUAACAGCAUGCAGAAACGGCAGUAUUUGACAUGUUUCUCUCAAGGUAAGUUAACUCGCGUCCUUUUUACUGCAACUGGAACGAUCAGCAUUGCUCUUCGUGUUUUCAUUACGAAGCUUCAUAGGUCAUUAGGAUAUCCGUAGUAUAAACAGGGCCCUAUAGCUUGUGCAAAGUUCGGAAAAGUCUUCAUGUGGAAUGAUCUUACGAACAGACCUUAAAAAAAUGUCGAGUCGUCGGUCAAACUUAUUGAUCGGACAGCCCAUUUUUGGGCGAAAAAAGUGACCAUUGCGCCAUAUCUUUCUCAAACUUAUUAAUAAUUCAUGCUGAGAAAACAAGGGAAAUUGCAACCGUGAUAGAGGUUUGGAUAUGUGAUCUUAAUUAUCAUAAAAUUUGGUGAACUUUUGCUUUGAUUUUCUCCAAGAAUUAUUAAUAGUUUGAGAAGCUUUAUCAAACCUUCGAAAGGGUGUUUCACCCGAUAUCCAACACCUUGAAAUUGGUUGAAAAAAACGAGGCGCAGCCGAGUUUUUUUCAACCACUUCUCGGUGUUUAGAUAUCGGAUAAAACACUCUUCCUCGUGUUUGAUAUAUUACUUGAAAAUGCCUUCCCCACCCCCUACAUUUUGAUGUUUACAUUUGAAAGUAGUACAUUUCCACGCCUUUAAGUUUAUUGUUCAUGCAGCCUCGAACUCAAUGCAGGAAUAGUGGAACGCACGGUACAGCAGCAAAGUUCGGAAAAAAAAAUUGAUAUUGAUAUGAUUGUCGUAAUAAUACAAGCUAACUCAUGUGAAUAUACAAUAUGAAUAAAAUAUGUGGUCAAUGUUCGAGAUGAAUCAUUUAAUUGAGAUAAAAAGAGAAUAAAACAUAGGCGCGCGCAGAUAUUGAAUUUCUCUUCGAAUUUCCAAUAUCGAUAUCAGAGUGAGCGUAUCGAGCACUCAAUCGGUGUGUAGGAAACAUGGUACAUGUACUGAGUUAGUUGUAAGCACUUCUUCCAUCGGGUUUAAAAGUAGCUCUUUCUGUGGCACGCACUCAUUUGAUCUCAUGAUGCUCCUUAUUCGUGCUCAUAUUCAGUCAGCUGUAAAAUUUAUUAUGCCAAUAUUACACAUUAGAGAUAUGUUUCAUUGUUGCGUAAUCAUAUUCUUCCCGCUGCGACCAAAUGUAUUCCACGUGAACGCUUUUGAAAGUCUAGUUGCAAUCUAAUAUGGCGUAUUCUAAAUAUCGAAAAAUCCUGUUCGUUUGUCGAGGGAAUACUUGUCGGUCUCCCUCCGCUAAAGCGAUUUUAAGGCAUCUUUUACAGGAACGUGAAGAUAGGAACGAAUGGGAGAUUGACAGCGCUGGAACUCUUGGUUUUCGAGAAGGACUCUUAUCGGACGAACGGGGGUUGCAAGUGUUGAAGAAACAUGAAAUUGCUAGCAACCACCGAGCAAGACAAGUAAACGAGGAUGAUUUUCGUCGUUUUGAUGUAAUAUUGGCCUUUGAUGAGAGCAAUGUGCGAGAUCUGAAUGAAACUUUUAAGCCAAAUGAUGGCACUGCGCAAGCGGAGGUUAAACUGUUUGGCACAUAUGAUCCUAAAGGAGAGUUGAUAAUACGUGAUCCUUACUAUGGAGACAUUUCAGAUUAUGAAAUGAUGUUCGAUCAUGUUUACAGAUGCUGUGUGGAGUUUUUGAAACAGUGUUAGAGAAAGACUUGAUGAUGUUUCAAUCACUGGACCAGUAAUUUAGCUUUUUAUUUUUACACACUGAAAAGGAAAUGCUCAAUUCCAAGCGUUUGUGGUGGGUGCAAUGUGGAUAUCUCAAAACCGCAACACCGUGAAAAAAAAACAUCAACGCCGCAAUAUGUUUUGUAUCCAUGCAUGAUUAAACACACACACACACACGCAACUGAGUAUAUAGCAAAGCCAUUCUACGUUUUGGAAUGAAUAGUGCAUUAAGUUUAUUAAAGGGCUUGAACUAGCGGCCGAUCAAAGGAUAAAGUCCGGUCACAUUGAAAAGGUCUUGUUAGGUCAAAUCCUUGGAUAGCACAGUCUAGACGGUUUUUCAUGCCUGUGAAGCAAAAUUUAAUGCAGAGGUUCAGGUUUAAAAUGUUAAAGGUUCGACAUUAUUUGCGUUUGUGAAUAAAAGGGAUAAAGACCGAAUGAGAUACUACCAGACCAAUAAUUUUUACUUUAUUUUGUCCGCGAAUCAGCGGGUCUUCAUAAAUAGCGAUGUAAAUUGGUAUGUUUUGUUUGCUUGAAUUUGAUUGACGUCGCGUGACGUGACGUGAAAAGAAUAACAAUGCCUCUCAGUUUUUGUAUUAAAACAUAUUACGAUUUAAGCUUAUAUUGUAUCGGAUAUAACCAUCGGGCAUGAAUUCUAUUAGUAAGGGUUUCUUGAUGUAUACUCGCAUCAGGUAGCUUGUAUUUUUACGAGAAUCAAGUAGAUGGCAAGCUUCAAUUUCAUUUACUUCGUAACUUUGGUGUUGAAAUUUAUAAUAUGAUAAUCGUAUGUAGGACAUAGAACUGAAGCGAUAUUGAUUUUACCGAACGUUGCUGCUUGGUGUAACGCAAUUCUGAUGUGGUAUGUAAAAAAAAAAAACCAAACAAACAAAGCUAACCACGUCUCCUCACUCCACCUCUGUUCGUCAUCUUUUCUAGGUACCAACAGCGAGCACCAGCGCCGAAUCAAUGACGUCACUUAAUCGUUUACGAUGGACGCAUUCUGGUCACCAGAUCGCCGUGGGUGAUGAUGACGGUCACGUAUUCAUCUAUGAUGUUGGCGAGGUAAGUACUAGCGUUUUGUAUAACACAGGCGGAGAACUUAGUUAGAGUGUUGACUACAUACUCACGUAGAGCAGGAAAUAAUUACUGUUUUCAAAGUAUCGUGAUCAGAAACUCUCAGUUCAAGAAAGUAAAAUUUAAUAUUAUGCACUAAGUUUGUAGGGUUUUUUUUUGCCUCUCUGAGUCGCGUAAAACGCCUUGUUAUGUAACAUUAUCAACCUUUGGGUAUAGCUGGAGGAGAACUACGCUGUUUCAUCGAAAUUUCAGCUUACUUAUUUCAUGUUUUCAGAGAACGUUGCCUUCAAAAUUCUACUGUUCAGUGCUUCAUUGGUAACCGCUAUAAUGCUCAUAGCCUGCACACAAGCCCUUAUAAUAGCACUGCGGGACGCGUGUUUUUCCACCCGCGGAAAGAUUUUGAAGGUUACCCAAGAGUCGGGCACCAAUAUCAGUGCAGACCUCUCACCUUGCGUUUGUCAGGGCCACAUACCUACCCGCGGGGGUGGGGUGGGAGCGAGACAGAAACGCCCGGGCCGAAGUACUAAUAAUGAGGGCCAACUCCCAGGGUGGUCUAUCUGUGGUGAUAAGAGAUUCCUUGUCACAUAGUUCAGAAGGUCUCAAUGGGGUGAUGGCUUAAAAUUUUGGCUAUUUUACGCCUAAAUGUCAAUAUCAGCCAGCAGAGCAGGCGUCUUAUAAGGGCGAGUUAACGUAAAGAAGCGCGCUUUCGUUUAUUCAACCGGCCUUGUUUGAUUUGGAGUCAGAGUCGAGGGUUGGGGAGGGGGCGGGAAAAGGCGAAAAGACGCGUAAUAUUCACUCCCCAACCCCCAACCCUCUCCUUUUUUUUUACCGUCUCUCAUCCCCUGGGUACAAAUUUCUUUCUCUCCCCAGCCUUCCGCUGCUAUUUAAAUCAAAGGUGACAGCCAUAAUUUUCGCUUAGAAAAAACUGAGCACCCGCUCCCCAAAAUUACGCCCUCACUGUAGGCUAGGUUAAUAACAUUCCAUUGUUUCCACCGGAAAGUCUGUUUUGGUUUCCUCUUUUUGCGACUAUCGGUUUAAAUUUGUCAAUUUACACUAAGUUUUUUGGCCGUAUUACUGCUUACGUCACGGUUAAAUCCAUCGAGACUUGUAGUUUACGCUUAUUCUCGUUUUUCUCUAUUUUCUUGAUUUGUUUUAGCAACUUGCUGUCCCAAGAGUGGAUGAAUGGUCAAGAUUUCAAAACACCAUUCAUGAGAUCCAAGCGAAUGCCUCAUCCAACAUUGGCGAAAUAGGCUCCCCCAAAAUGUCGCCGUCCAAGAUGCCAUUUAGUUAAUUUUAUUUCCGCUGUAAUUCUGAGAUAAUAAUGCAGUAGGACUGUAAUAUAACAGAACUGAGUCAGCCAUUCUAGGAAAAGGACUCAGUUGUUUUCUCAGGGAGAUUGGAAUGAAGGUCGUGAAUAGGGAUGCAUCAUGUUCUUUAUGUUAUUAUUUGUUCAGGUUUUAUAGAUGUUAGACUAGUCUAUCCACAUUUUGCGUGCUGAAGAGAGAGAAAUAGGUUAAAUGGUGUAUUGUCCUGGCAGAUGUAAGUUAUAUUUGUCCUUUUUCGGUUGAUUUUAGCAAUUUUCUGAAAAGUUUCGAAUUU